AUGGCCCAGGCCAGGAUCAGCGCUAAGGCCAGCGAGGGACAGCCGGCGGGGCAGCUCCGCGGGCGCUUCUUCCGCUCCACCUCCAUGGCCGACUGCUCCAGCCGCCUGCUGCAGAACCUGGACCAGCUGGAGCUCAGGGUUGAAGCCUUGCGUGAUGCAGCCUCUGCUAUGGAACAAGAAAAAGAAACCCUGCUAGAAAUGAUCCACAAUAUACAGAACAGCCAAGAUAUGAGGCACAUCAGUGAAGGUGAAAGAGAAGAACUUUGCCUGACUGCCAGUCGUCUGAUGGGCCGAACCCUCACUGUUGAGGUUUCUGUAGAAACAAUACGAAACCCACAGCAGCAGGAAUCCCUUUUGCACGCCACAAGGAUGAUUGAUGAAGUAGUCAAUAAACUCCUUGACGAUCUGGAAGAUUCCAAAAGCCGUUUAAAGUCACUUUAUGGUGCAUGCACAUCUGAGGUACCAUCUGGACCCAUUGAUCAGAAAUUUCAGUCUGUUGUAAUUGGAUGCGCUAUUGAAGAUCAAAAGAAAAUCAAAAGGAGACUAGAGACUCUGCUUAGAAAUAUAGAAAACUCUGAAAAGUCAAUCAUGUUGUUAGAACAUCCAAAAUCAACUGUCCAACAGCUUUGCAACAAUGAACAGGAUUAA